CAGAAACACAAAGAGCACAACAAAGAGUCGAGCAGAAAACAAUGGCAGAGAACAAAGCAAGCAUAACCCUUCAACUCCAGAGUGUGAAACGCAAGUCUGGCAAGUCUUACAGUCAGAUAGCCAAGGAGACAGGCCUGACCAAUGUCUAUGUUGCCCAGCUUCUGAAACGCCAAGCCCAGCUCAAAGCUGAAACUGCCCCCAAGUUGAGGGCUGCCCUUCCCGACCUUCCCGAGGACCUGAUUGUGGAGAUGAUGAGUCCUCCCUUGAGGUCUUAUGAUCCCCAGUUGAUUCAGGACCCCACUAUUUACAGGUUGAAUGAAGCAGUUAUGCAUUUUGGUGAAAGCAUCAAGGAGAUUAUCAAUGAAGAAUAUGGUGAUGGCAUUAUGUCAGCUAUAGAUUUUUACUGCUCAGUCGACAAAGUUAAAGGUGUGGAUGGUAAGGAUCGUGUAGUUCUGACUUUUGAUGGGAAAUAUUUGCCUCAUACUGAGCAGAAGUCGGAGCACAUGGUUUCAAGGCUGAAUUUAGGAUAGCCUCAUGCUGUAGCAGAAGAUGGUUUCAAACCUACAAGGAAGAUCGAUAUUUAUACAGCAUCAUGCCAAAGUACGUUGGGUGUUGAAUAUAUAUAGUAUUGUAUGUUGUCGCAUGGAAACGUGGUUUAGGCUGCUAAGACGAUGAUGUGCAGCCUCAGUUGAUGCAGUUUGGUUUUUUUUUUUUUUUUUUUUUUGAUUCCCCUUUUAUCAAUAAACUCCAUGUAUUUGCCUAUAGUCGUUGUACCUCUACUGCAUCAUAGCUUUGUUAAACAGUUUCUUAGUUGUAUGUUGUUAUAAGGAAGCCAUAGCACUUGAUUCGAGGCUGUUAGGAAGAAAAUGUACAACCUCAUGCUCUAAUGCUAAGGCAAGUAUUGUAAACUGUCUUAUGAAUAAAAUCUUUGCAUUUCCCUUU